CGUGACUUGUGACGUACGUGACGCCGCACCACCACCUCCCUCUUCUCUCCUCCCUUUGUGAAGCUGACAAGCCCCUUCUCGACCAGGACAGGACCACGCAGAGAUAAUGGCCGUACCUCCCACCUACAUUGACCUUGGAAAGUCUGCCAGGGAUGUUUUUACCAAGGGAUACGGCUUUGGGGUCAUCAAGCUGGACUUGAAAACAAAGUCAGAGAAUGGACUGGAGUUCACCAGCACAGGCUCUGCCAACACUGAGACCAGCAAGGUCGCCGGGUCCCUGGAGACCAAGUACAAGUGGGCGGAGCACGGUCUGACCUUCACAGAGAAGUGGAACACCGACAACACCCUUGGGACCGAGAUCACCGUCGAAGACCAGUUGGCUAAGGGGCUGAAGCUGACGUUUGAUUCCUCCUUCUCACCAAACACCGGCAAGAAGAGCGGCAAGGUCAAGACGGGCUACAAGUGCGACCACAUCAACCUGGGCUGUGACGUCAACUACGACAUCAACGGUACGGCCAUCCACGGCGCGGGCGUGGUGGGCUACGAGGGCUGGCUGGCCGGCUACCAGAUGACCUUCGAGGCCGGAAGGAACAGGAUCACCCAGAGCAACUUUGCGGUUGGAUUCAAGACGGAGGAGUUUCAGCUCCAUACGAAUGUAAAUGACGGCACUGAGUUUGGUGGCUCCAUCUACCAGAAGGUGAACGACCAGCUGGAGACGGCCGUCAACCUGGCCUGGACUGCCGGAAACAGCAACACCCGCUUUGGCAUCGCUGCCAAGUAUCAGAUUGAUCCUGAAGCAUCCUUCUCUGCCAAGGUGAACAACUCCAGCCUCGUGGGUCUGGGCUACACUCAGACUCUGAAGCCAGGCAUCAAGCUGACACUCUCUGCUCUCCUCGAUGGCAAGAACAUCAACGCCGGCGGCCACAAGCUCGGCCUUGGCCUCGAGUUCCAGGCGUAAGAGAACGAGGCCAAUCGCCCUCCCAGUUCUCCCAGCACACACGCAUUCCCCACCAAAAUUCCAAUUCCGUAAUUGAUUAGCUAGCCCUCACCAAACCUCCUCCCGUGUCCCCUAGACAUGCUACAGCUGGAGCGCAGACAGAAUACAGGUCAAAAUCGUUCUUGCAGCGAUCUACCACUUUUCAAAAGGACAAUUUUAAGGGAACAUUAUAUUUUGAGUUCUGAACAAAACUACAACUCGUUUAACAGAAGGUUUUAUCUUGAAUAGUGUAUCUUUCUAAGGGAAAACAGUUGAGUGCAGUCAUGUUGACCUCACUAUUUUGUCUUUUCACUACAAUCAUACACUAUGCUUUAAUUUGAUUCUCUGAUUUUCACUGCAGAUUAAAAGGGAAAGGGGCAGUUAGCGUGCAGUUGAGUAGUUACACCACCAGAUGGUGCUGUCACGUAGCACCACGAAGCACUCCUCGCUCAACAGUUGUGGUGGAGAAAUAACCGUUUUUCAUUUUCUCACUUCUGCACUGGAGCGCUCUUAUGUCUGUGUUGAUAUAUAUUAUUCAGUGGGAAGGGUUAGUUGUCCCUGAUGUUAACAGCUGUCACUAGCUCUAAGAGACACUACACCCCAAUGUGGACAUUCUGUGUUUUUCGUCUCACUUGGUUUUUUGUGUGUCUGUGCAUUUGGUGUGAAAAAUGUCUUUUGUUACAUAUAGUAAAAAUAAUAUUAUUUAAUUGACAGUCUUGCAUAGUUUAAUCCACCUGUGAAGUCUUACCAAGUCAAAGACGUGUCAAUCUUUCCUGGUCGAGCAAAGGAAGGGAAACCUAUCAUGCACACAGUUACACUUCUCUGGAUAAGAGUUACAGCUCUUCUUCAAGGGAGGAUGGAAAUAAGAAUUACAGUGGACAGGAAAUGGUAGUCUUCCACAACUGGUUAUGGGAAUCAAGCUUAGUGUAUUUGACAGUAAUGUUAUUCCCUGAAUUAAAUAAAAAACAUCUUGAACCAGA